AAACAGGGGCAGAGAGUUGUAAAAAGUCCAGAAGAAAAAAAAGGUUUAAAAAAGUGGUAAAGUAGUUGGCCACUGCGCAAGCGCUGCUAAAUGGGUAGCUUAAUACCUCCUGGAGCUGGGAAAGGAUGUCAGAAAUGCCCUCAGAGAAGGAGGAGGGGGACAUCUUCAGCUUCUGUAGGGUAGAUGACACUUGAGGGGGAACAAGUCUGAAACAAAUCAGACAUAUGCUGCUGCAGUGAUUGUUUGCGACUUGUCUGCAGUUUGAAUGGAGGAACUUCUGAGGAGGUAAUAAGCGCAUGACAUGGAUUAGUGAGAGAGGAGAGAAAAAAUAGAAAAAACAACCCAACUUGCUUGUCUGGUCGAAAAUAAAGGGAUUUCGUGAGAAGCCAUGCGAGGGAUGGAUUACAUGCGGAGUCAGUGUUGGUUUCGCCGUAUCUCUGGGGAAGAUAUUUGAGAAGUGAAGGCUAUUUUUCAGCGGACAUGGACUGACUGCCUCGCUUCAGCAUGAACCGGGUUUGAUGCACAACUUUGCCUCAGGUCCCUAAACUUUCUAAUAGGCGCGUUAGAUGUUGGGUUUUUUCCCACUUUCUUUCUUCCUUGCCGAAAAAAAUCCACUUAGGCAUUUAUCGGCUUGAAUACGUCUCAACAUUUCAUUCAAAUUGAAGAGAAGCUGCUGCGAGACUUUGGCAAAACUUUGGCGCGGCUGCGCGCGCUGGUGGAUCUGCCUAAUUGAAUUUCUCUGUCAAAUGACAUUCUUAAACCUCUUGGCUCGACUCCACUCAGCAGCCCGUCCGCUCUUAAUCUCAUUUAUUUACCAAUUUAGCCAAUUGGCUGGUCUGAAAGGGACGUUUUUGUUGCACAGAGGGUCUCUCAGAGCGGUGGCAGCAUGCAGGGCAGGGGCUUCCCCAUGGCCCUGGCCGUGGCUUGGACACUGUUGACCAGUCUAAACGUAAAGGCGAGCGGGGAGUACUGCCAUGCCUGGAGAGACUCCCAGGGCGUGUGGAGGGACGGCUUCCCCUGCCCGGAGCGCUUCGACGGCGCGGAGGCCAUCAUCUGCUGCGGCCAGUGUGAGCUGCGCUACUGCUGCUCCAGCACCGAGGCCCGGCUGGACCAGGGUAGCUGCGAGGACGAGCAGCAGCCCGGCCAGGGAGCCGGGCAAGGUGGCAAGGAGGACAAAAACACAGGCGCAGUGCCCAUCUACGUGCCCUUCCUGAUCGUGGGCUCAGUCUUCGUAGCAUUCGUGUUAAUUGGCUCAGUGAUCGCCGUGUGCUGCUGUCGCUGCCUGCGGCCUAAACAGGAGCCAGCGUCCGGCUCCGGAGGUUCAGGGGGCGGAUCUGGAGGGCGUCUCCUGGAGACCAUCCCCAUGAUGGCCGGCACGUCCCGCGGCUCCUCCUCCCGCCAGUCCAGCACGGCCACAUCCUCCAGCUCAUCAGCCCCUCCCACCAGCUCCAUGGGUCCGCCUGCCAUCCCCCGCCCUGGCCCCGCCCCUCUGUUGCGAGCGCAGGCCUCUUGCUGCCUGCCCCCUGACGCCAGCGUCUACGUCAACAUGCCCACCAACUUCUCGGUGCUCAACUGCCAGCAGGCCACUCAAAUCCUGCCCCACCAAGGGCAGUUCCUGCACCCACAAUAUAUUGGCUACGCCCACCCAGUUUCUCCAGCCCCGGCCUUUCUGGACCCGACACAGGGGGCUUAUAGGCCUCUACAGUCCCCCUUCCCCCCGCCCACCAGCAUGGCCAGUGUGACCAGUGUGACCAGUGAGCAAAAGCACCCACCUGUGACUGUGUGAAGGCUCACGUGAAAGUCCAUUUCUAUGGGACUCUUGUCCAUUUGUAUGUUUUUUAGACAAUGGAAGCUAUGCAGUGAGGGCAAUCAGUGGAGUCAAUGGAGAAGCCCAACUCAAGUCAUAUGAGGGACGCACAAACAAGCACGAGUCCGUCAGAGACCCAGCCAUGGUGUGUCAUGCGUGCGCAGUAAAUGGAGGUUAAUUUUGUGUGUAUCUAUGUGUGUGCGUGUGUUCCAGGUUUCUAUGACAACACAGUAGCCCUCAGGCCUGGAGACUGAAUGUACUCAUAUCACUAUACCGUGCA